GCCCACGAAGGACAGAAACUAAGGGUUGGGGGAAGUGAUAACAGGCGACCAGAGCCAAAGACCAGGCAUUAGACCCCCCCGGUGAGGAGCUGUUCCUCCCUAACUCAGAGCCCAGCGACUUUUGCCUCGUGUUUUUAGAAGUUUAAACAUUGACAGGAUUCAUAUUUUAAAAAAAUUGAGUGUUCCUCCUGAAAAAUUCAGAAGACCUGGUCACACAGAGUUUUGUUUUGUUUUGUUUUUCUAUCACAAUAUUUCGCAUACGCGUCUUAUGUAUCCGUUUAUUGCUUAUGUAUCCGUUUAUAUGCUAAAAUGCUCCUCCCUGGGCAGGAGCCAGAGCGUGUGCCCACCCUCAUUUUUUCCAGGAUGGGAGCUUUAAGAAGACAAUGAACUGCUUCUUUGUCCCAGUCUCUAUGGAGAAUGUCCUUCCCUCCCCUCACCCACCUAGGGGAUCUGCUUAGAGAUCUGGAUUACCAGAAUCCCCCAGGCAAGAUUCAGGACACAGCCUGUGUGUGCUUCCCACCCACCCCAGCCAUGGCCCUGUUCAGCAUCAACGAGCUGCCAGAGAACUUCCUGCUGGAGGUAUUCACGCACGUGCCCGCCCGCCACCUGCUGCGCUGCCGCCGGGUCUGCAGCCUCUGGCGUGACCUCAUUGAUGUCCAAAGUCUCUGGAAACGCAAGAGCCUGCGUAAAGGCUUCAUCACUAAGGACUGGAAUGAGCCUGUGGCCAAUUGGAAGAUCUUCUUCUUUCUGUGCAGCCUCCGCAGGAACCUCCUACGCAACCCAUGUGCCGAAGACGAUAUGACUUCCUGGCAAAUUGACUUCAAUGGGGGGAACCAAUGGAAGGUAGAGACCCUCCCUGGAGCCCACGGGACAGAUUUUCCUGACUCCAAAGUUAAGAAGUACUUCGUCACAUCCUUUGCGUUCGCCGCCAGAGCAGACUGUGGCUGCACCUACAGCAUCCGAGUACAGCUGGUCUCAGCCGACUAUAUUGCCUUGGCCUCCUUCGAGCCCCCACCUGUGACCAUCGAUCAGUGGAAUGAUGCAAGGUGGAGAGAGGUCUCCCACACCUUCUCGGAUUACCCUCCAGGCGUCCGCCACAUCCUCUUCCAGCACGGGGGCAACGACACCCAGUAUUGGGCAGGCUGGUAUGGGCCCCGCGUCACCAACAGCAGCAUCAUCAUCAGCCCUAAGACAGCCAGAAACCCAGCGCCGUCCAGUGCUCAGCCCGAGACGAUGCGGGAGUAGGAGGUUGCCCACUCACCCUCCCCACCUCCUUUCGACAGGCCUUUCUGACAGCCAUCAGUCUGUCAUCUGACAGCCAUUUAUCCGUCCUCCGUCCAAGCCAGCCUAUAGUGGGCAGUGAGAGCCCCUGCCUCAGGACUUCCUGCCCAGUUCCAAGCUUGGGCAAACCCACCAAUUUAUGGUAACUUACUGUCACGUAGCUCUGACAUUUUGUCAUAAUAAAUUUUUUUCUGUAGAACCAGCCUGGGGUUGGAUGUAGAAGUGAGAGAUAAAGGGGUCCCUGGCACUUUGGUAAGAACUAGCUCCAGGGUAAUUUGGCUGCACCUGCCCCUCCCAUUCCAGUUAGUGACAGCCCAGGUCAGCCCUUGGGGCCCCUUUAUUGAAACAACUCACAGCACAGUAUUUGAGACAACAGUGUUGGCCAGCUGAACCCCAGGAGACUGAGAAAUCGAGGUCCCAGCACCCUUCCUGCCCUCCUGGGGAGAUUUCCUCCAUGAAGGUAACCAGACCUGAGCAGCCCUGAGCUGGAGGGUGGGCAGUCCAUACAUAGAGGAAAUAAGAGCACUUGGAAUCAGGGUGGCCCCGCAGCACUGCCUUAGGCGGGGGGCCCCCAAAGUCCAAAAAUGGUGGCGUCGGGGGGGGGGGGCAGACACACCCUCAGCUGCUUUUAUGAGCUCGUUCUUCCACGUAGAGCUGCAUCUAAUAGAUAGGAACAAACAGCCGUGUUAGAUGGACAGGGCACCUGUGUGGGAGCCUGCGAGCACCUGGCAGGGUGGGCUUGCAUGGCCAAGCCACGGGUUCAGGGAAAGGGGAUGGAUGGAAGGAGCCUUACGCCAGAUGGUCCUUGGUAAUGUCCCCCGGGCCUUGUCCACAGGCUCUCUGGCAAGCCCUUAGCACACCCUAAAUAAAGUUUGCCCAGUCCGCAUGCAGCUCACCUUUAA